AUGACCAUGCCCCUACACAGCAAAGCUCAAGGAGUCACCUUGUUGCACCAGAUACAGUCAUCCGAAUUGGAGAACUUAUCCAGACCACCGUUGAAAAUCCCACUAGAAAGACAACUCAGUGAAAUGUACGUGGAAAACAACAGGACGGGGAUUUUUAACUACCCAGAGGGUACAACGUAUGACUUUGGUGCAGCUGCUGCCCCAGUCUAUAGCUCUGCCAGCUUAAGCUAUGCAGCCAGUUCUGAAACGUUUGGAUCCAGCAGCCUCGCUGGACUUCAUUCCCUGAACAAUGUUCCUCCAAGCCCGGUAGUGUUCCUUCAGACAGGACCCCAGCUUUCGCCCUUUCUCCACCACCAUGGUCAGCAAGUGCCAUACUAUUUGGAAGGUGAACAAGGCACAUUUGGAGUAAGAGAAGCAGCACCCCCCAAUUUUUACAGGUCAAGUUCAGAAAGCAGACGACACAAUGGAAGAGACAGGAUAACAACAGCUAAUGAUAAGGGUCCACCAGCUAUAGAAUCUGGAAAAGAAACUCGAUAUUGUGCUGUAUGCAGUGAUUAUGCAUCUGGGUACCACUAUGGUGUAUGGUCAUGUGAAGGUUGUAAGGCCUUUUUUAAAAGAAGCAUACAAGGUGAGUGGCACAAUGACUAUAUGUGUCCUGCAACCAAUCAGUGCACUAUUGACAAGAACAGGAGGAAGAGUUGCCAGGCCUGUCGACUACGCAAGUGCUAUGAAGUGGGGAUGAUGAAAGGGGGAAUCAGAAAGGAUCGUAGGGGAGGACGUGUGAUGAAGCAUAAACGGCAAAAAGAGGAGCAAGAGCAGAAGAGCGAGGUUGACACCUCAGAGAUUAGGACAACCUCAAUCUGGGUGAACCCUACAGUUAAAAGCAUGAAACUGAGCCCAGUUUUAUCCUUAACAGCAGAUCAGCUUAUCAGUGCCUUAAUGGAGGCUGAACCACCAAUUGUAUAUUCUGAGCAUGACGCCACCAAACCACUUUGUGAAGCUUCCAUGAUGACCCUUCUUACAAACCUCGCAGAUAAAGAGCUAGUGCAUAUGAUUAACUGGGCAAAGAGAGUGCCAGGAUUCAUGGACCUAACACUGCAUGACCAAGUCCAUCUUCUAGAGUGUGCAUGGCUGGAGAUCCUGAUGGUUGGUUUAAUUUGGCGCUCAGUGGACCAUCCUGGAAAACUUUCAUUUGCUCCCAACUUGCUGUUAGACAGGAACCAAGGACGAUGUGUAGAAGGAUUAGUCGAAAUUUUCGACAUGUUGGUUACCACCGCCACUCGGUUUCGAAUGAUGAGGUUACAUGGGGAAGAAUUUAUAUGUCUGAAAUCUAUUAUUCUUCUUAACUCUGGUGUAUAUACUUUCUUGUCUAGCACAUUAGAAUCCCUAGAGGACACUGACCAAAUUCACAUUAUUUUGGACAAAAUAAUAGACACAUUGGUUCAUUUUAUGGCAAAAAGUGGACUUUCUCUUCAGCAGCAGCAGCGGCGACUGGCUCAGUUGCUUCUUAUUCUUUCGCAUGUGAGGCACAUGAGCAAUAAAGGAAUGGAGCACCUGUACAGCAUGAAGUGCAAGAACGUGGUCCCGUUAUAUGAUCUACUGCUUGAAAUGCUGGAUGCUCAUCGCAUGCACACACCAAAAGAGAAACUUGGUGUUCAGGAGAAGGAAAGCCAAAGCCCCAUAACAAAUGUACCUACUGCUUCAACAUGCUUGCAGUCUUUUUAUGUUAAUAGAGAGGAAGCAAGUUUGCAAAGCACAGUAUGA